AUGGACAAAAGCUGGAUGAAUUUGGGUGAUAGACUUGUAUCACCUGCAUAUGCUGAAGGGGUGGAGUCUCACUUGUUCAUAAAAGGGAUCAAUCCAAAUUACACUCAGUGGAUAUUUCAUGGGGAGGAGGAAACACUCCCCAUCAUUGAUGACGACACUGAUCCCGGGGUUGGAGUUGAAGAGAAGUACAUUGAUGACAUGGACCGUAUGUUAGAUGACAUCCGAGCAGGCACAUUCGAAGAUGCACCUGAAGACAACACUACAUCGUCAACUCAGCCAUCAAUACCACAUCCCUCCCCAAACUCAACUUUUGACCAACUAUUACAGGAUGCUCGACGUCCUCUUUUCGACGGCUGCACUAAAUUCUCAAAGCUCUCAUUCGUUGUGAAGUUGUUACAUAUUAAAACGCUUGGUGGGUGGUCAAUCAAGUCUUUUGAUAUGCUCAUAAGCCUUUUGCGGUCUGCCUUUCCUGAUGCUAAAUUGCCUAGUUCAUAUCAGGAGGCAAGGUCAUUGGAGCGAGGGUUGGAUUUCAAGUACCACAAAAUACACGCAUGCCCAAACGACUGCAUUUUAUUCUGGAAGGAAUAUGCUGAUCUUAACGAGUGCCCUAUAUGUAAGGCUUCGCGUUGGAUGCCAAAUACACAUGGGUCACGAGUGAUCCCACAAAAAGUGCUUCGGCAUUUUCCUUUGAAGCCAAGAUUGCAGCGUCUCUUUGUGACAGACAAGAUAGCGUGUGAUAUGAGAUGGCAUAAAGAGCAACGGGUACCCGAUGAGAGUAGUAUGAGACAUCCUGCUGACUCUCAGUCCUGGAAGACAUUUGAUCAAGCCCAUUGUUGGUUUGCUAGGGAUGCUCGCAAUGUUAGGCUCGGUCUGGCAAGCGACGGCUUCAAUCCCUUCAACAACCUAGCAAAACCGUAUAGCAUUUGGCCAGUGAUUCUUGUCCCGUAUAACUUGCCGCCGUGGUUAUGCAUGAAAGACCAGUUCUUCAUGACAUCACUCAUUAUCCCUGGUCCAAAAUCACCAGGGAAUGACAUUGAUGUGUAUUUGCAGCCGUUAAUUGAUGAGUUGCUUGAACUCUGGGAACAUGGGGUACCUACAUAUGAUGCUUCUACAAAGGAAAUGUUCAUGUUGCAUGCUGCCUUAUUGUGGACAAUUAAUGAUUUCCCUGCAUAUGGAAAUCUUUCUGGGUGGUCAACAAAAGGGAAAUUGGCAUGUCCCUCUUGCAAUGCAAGCACAGAUUCUAUUUGGUUGAAGUAUGGUAGAAAACAGUGUUAUAUGGGACAUCGACGUCUCUUACCGGCAGGUCACAUUUGGAGGACGAGGAAAGAGUUGUUCAACGGUAAAGAAGAUUAUCGCAUGCCACCAAAUUGGGUUGAAGGAGCAGGUCUCUUAACUCAACUACAAAUGCUUGGAGAUGUCCAAUUUGGAAAAUCUUGUGGGAAGAGAAAACGCCCUGCAGAACAGUUGAACUGGACAAAGAAAAGCAUAUUCUUCAAACUACCUUAUUGGUCAAUGUUGCGGCUUCGACAUAAUCUAGAUGUUAUGCAUGUUGAGAAGAACAUUUCCGAUAGCUUAUUGGGCACUUUAAUGGACAUUCCUGGCAAAACAAAAGAUAAUAUAAAUUCUCGGCGUGACUUGGAGAACUUGGGCUUCAGAAAAGAAUUGCAUCUUAAGUCUGAAGGUGGACGUGUUACAAUGCCACGUGCAUUGUACACAUUACAUGGAGAUGAAAGGAAUAAAUUCUGUGAGUGGCUCGCUGGGGUUAAAUUUCCAGAUGGGUUUGCCUCCAAUGUCACACAUUGCGUAUCUGUACGUGAUUGCAAAAUCACUGGCCUCAAAAGCCAUGACCAUCAUGUUUUCUUGCAACGAUUGCUUCCUAUUGUUGUUGGGGGUUCUUAA